AGUUUCGUUUUCAUUCUUUCUGACAAAAUAUUAAAUGGAGCAGUUCAUACAUCCUUAUCUAAGUAAUUUCCAAUUGAGUUGUUUUCUCUUAUGAGGAAAUGAUAGUGUUGUAGUUGCUAUGGAAGUGUUGGAGAAUAAUAAUCAUUUAAAAGAAGCAGAACCUCAACCUUCAGGAAGUGGUUAUGGUUGUCGACAAGAUUCUAAUCUCAGAACAAGUGCUGUACCCAAAAAUAAAAGUGAAACUGACGUCAAUUUAUUGGUUGCAUGCAAAGUCCAACUAUCAUAUGAAGUAGUACGAUGGAAGACUGAAAGUUUAAGAUUGCAAAAAGAGCGCGAUGCUGCUCGUCAGAAGGCUAAAGAAUUGGAUUUAGCUAUUUCUAAACUAUCUGAAAGAACAAGAGAAUUAGAGGGACGACUAUCAUCAGCUGAAGGUGAAAAUCAAAAACUUAGAACAAAGAGUACAUCUGUAGAAGAAGAGAAUGUUUCACUUAUGAGAAAAAUAUCUCAGAGUUUUAAUUCUUACCAUUCAUUUCCUUGGGCGGGAGGUUCUUCAAAGCCUCUUUUCCUCUCACGUCAUGAAUCUGUAGUGAAAAAAGAUGCAGAUCCUCCUCAAGAGGAUUGGAAAGAAGUUUCACAGAAGUUACUGGAACAAAUGAAACAAGAAAUGAGAGAACUUCAAGAAUUUAGCAGUCAGUUUUCUGAACAAGAAAAUGGAAACAGUGAUAUAAAUAUUGCAGAAGAUGAAAAUUCAUCUAAUUAUGGGGAACUGGAAGAGAUCUUAUCUAGUUUAGUGACUAACACAAGAUCUCUAAAACACCAUCUUCUUGAACAGAGGAGAAAGUUGCAGUUUCUUGUCAGCAGUAUUGAUCCAGGUGAAACACAGAGCAUGCAAAUAAACCCUAAGACAAGUGCAGGAUCAUUGCAGACUUUAACAAAUCAGGAUGCAUCCAUUUGUUUUACAAAAAAUAAAGCUUCCUCAAACAAUUUUCCCAGACCUUCUGAUGAGAGUUGUCGUGUUUAUUUCACUAAACAAUUGGGAGGACAGCAAGGUUUGGACAAAGCAGUUGAACAGAUAUUAAAAAAUGAUAACAUUCAGCAUACUCGGAAUGACUUAAAUGCAGGCAGUCAUGAACAACAUACUGAUGCAAAGUUUUUAACUCUACAACCAGAUACAACAUCUGAUCAAGAAACUUUAAUUGCUGAAGAAGAUCGUGUGUGCCCUAUCUGUCAAGCUCCCUUUGGUGUAGUUAUUUCUCAAAAAGAAUUUGAAGAACAUGUGUUGGAUCAUUUAGAAGUUGAAAGUGCAUCUUUAUUAGAUCAGUAUGUUGUUUUAUGAAUUAAGUGCAAUUAUUUUUAUAUUAAUUCACAUUGGGACCACUGAUAUCAAGAGGGUACGGUUCUGAAGAUUUCAAAGUAUCUCAAGGACAUACAUUUUUACUUCAGCAGUUUUUAUAUUAAAUAAUCAUUAAUUUAGAUAGUUAACAGUAGUUAGAGUGGAACAGUAUUUUGUAAAUAUAUAUUUGAAAGCUUUAGAAAAAUAUCAGAAAGAUUUUCACUUUUAAAACUUUUCUGUGUCUAUAAACAUUAAUACAAAAAGCCUCUCUGAACUUGGAAUGCUUCCCAGGUACACAUGGCAUUUCGUUUCCAAUUUUCUGCAGUCUGCUUACUCUAGAACAGUGGUUCUCAACCUGUGGUGCGCAUACCCCAAGAGACGUAUGAAGAAAUUUACAAUAAUAGGGAAUACAGCAGAAUAUUGUAAUAAAUACUAUGAAAAAAUAAAAUGUCCAGGAAUUUAAAAUUUUUCAUUUAACAAAAAUGAAAAUACUUGUGAAGAAUACCAGUAAAGCCAUUACUGUAACCAGUACGGCCAAAAUGUGUACGAGCAAGUUAAUUAAUUGUAGCUAGCCCUACCCACACCAUUAAUAUUGCUUGAUUCCUUACUCAUUGUAUGCAGACACUCCUUUCCCACUUUGUCACAGUGAUUAGAAGGCAGUAAAAUUUUUAAACUGAAGUGAAUUAUCAAUGACUUAUGUAGCUGUUUUUCUUUACAGUUAUAAUACAGUCAAAUUUGGCUGAGUGUGAAGUGUUGUUUUACAUUAGUUUUGUUCUUUCAGAGUUGUUAAUGUAAGGCUUGCUUAAAUAAAAAUUGAUAAAUGGUUAA